AACUGCAGUUGCAGCCGGAAAGCUUCGCUACAAGCCUACAAUGCUAAGCUGCAAGAGGAGCCUAUUGAACCAGAUUAUGAGGAGAACGAAGAAGAAAAAGAAGAAUACGAGAAAGAGGACUCUUAUUAGAAACCAGAACCCUCAACUUGAGGAAGAAGAAUCAGCAGAAGAAGAAGAAGAAGAAGAAGAAGAAGGCGACAGAGGAGAUGGAUUCAGCUUAAAAAGCUCUGCUCCUUCGCACAGUCAUGGAGUCCAACCAUUAGGCAAUCUCCUGUUAAGUGCAUCCAACUGCAACUCCAGGAAUACAGGCCUUGGUAAUCUCCGAAUCCUCACUGAUGAACUAGUCCUUGAUAUUCUAGGGUUUCUGGGUGGCUCCCAUUUGGGUGUUUUAGCUACAGUGAGCAAAUCGUUCUAUGUUUUCUGCAACCAUGAACCUCUUUGGAGGAACCUCGUUCUAGAACAUCUUAAAGGAGGGUUCUCUUUUAGCGGGUCUUGGAAGUCGACUUACAUUUCUGCUCUCUAUCCUUCUUUUCCUGUGUUGACUAGCGGUUCCUCUGAUUUGAAAGUUAGAGACUUCUAUUCUGACUAUCUUUUCCAGAGUUGGCUCUGUGCAAGCCUUGAAAUGAAACAAGAAUGGCUCGAGAGGAAUAACAUUGAGCGGAGGAGAGGAAUUUCGGUUGAGGAAUUUGUAUUGAAUUUUGAAGAACCGAAUAAGCCAGUGCUAUUGGAAGGGUGUUUGGAGAAUUGGGCUUGUUUGGAGAAGUGGGACAAGGAAUAUCUUAUUCGGGUUUGCAGGGAUGUUAGAUUUUCGGCGGGUCCAGUCGAAAUGAAGCUUGAGGAUUACUUUAGAUAUGCAGAUAGGGUGAGAGAGGAAAGGCCAUUGUACCUAUUCGACCCAAAGUUUGCUGAGAAAGUUCCCACAUUAGGUUCAGAUUAUGAAAUUCCAUUGUACUUCAGAGAGGAUUUAUUUUCUGUUUUGGGAGAUGAAAGGCCAGAUUAUAGGUGGGUGAUUAUUGGACCAGCAGGGUCAGGUUCCUCAUUCCACAUUGAUCCAAAUUCAACUUCAGCUUGGAAUGCAGUGAUCAAGGGAUCUAAAAAGUGGGUCCUGUUUCCUCCUGACGUGGUUCCUCCAGGGGUUCAUCCUAGCCCAGAUGGUGCUGAGGUGGCAUGCCCUGUUUCUAUCAUAGAGUGGUUCAUGAACUUCUACGGAGCAACCAGGAAUUGGAAAAAGAGACCGAUUGAGUGUGUUUGCAAAGCCGGGGAGGUGAUUUUUGUGCCUAACGGAUGGUGGCAUUUGGUGAUCAACCUUGAGGAAUCCAUAGCCAUAACACAGAAUUAUGUCAGUCGGAGGAAUUUGGUAAACGUCUUGGAUUUUCUCAAAAGACCAAAUGCAAGUGAGCUUGUAUCUGGAACAAUAGACAGGAUAAAUUUGUAUGACAAGUUCAGGAGUGCUAUUGAAGCUUCUUUCACUGGAACAAUUGAACAGCUUGUGUCAAAAGCUGAAGAGAAGGCAGCGAAGCAGAAAAAACCAUCCUUCUGGGAAUCUGUAACCGAUGCGAAAGUAGGUGAGUUCAAGUUUUCAUUUGGCAGCUAGGACGGCCACAACAAAAGCUUUUGGUGGUAAUCUUGGAACCUAGUCAUUGUUAUUUUUGAACAUGAGUCACAGGACAACUCUGAUUAAAUACAUAGAAAGUAAAUUGUUGUUGAAGGGAGAGAAAAUGGUGAAAAAAAAACAGAAAAGAAAUGAUUACAUUAUUUUAUUCUAUUUUGUUGUAUUUCAAUUGUUCUUACAGUUAGUACCAAACUAAUUGUUUUUACAAUUAUGUAAUCGUUUU